UCAAUCGGUCAGAGUGUACUACCAGUUAUCGCCCAUGCGUUGACUUGCCGAAACAUCUGCUCCGAGUAUAUAUAGAAAAUCUAUAGGUUUUGAUGGUUUAGUUGGUAACCCGCACUCAACCUAGAAGUGAACCAACAGAGAUCGCUUAGUUAGUAGCUUCUUCAACGGCACUGUGGUUGUCCGUUCAACGUUUUCCUGCCUUAAUUGGUUGUGUCGCAUACACCGCCAUCGAUCGAUCGAUCGAAUUCAAUAGCAGCGUUGAAUUCUGAAUCGAUAUAACGAAACAAUUAGCAACAAGCAAAGGAUUACACACACACACACAUAGAAAUAUUAAAGGAUUACGCGCGUUCACGACCGGGAGUUGUGAUUGAAUUGUGCUCGAAAUGAGGAGCGCAUUUAUAAUUUUGGCGCUUUGCGUCGCCGGUAUUCUCGCCGAUGGCAGCGCGGAUACACUUGUGCGAAAAGCGCGUGGAGCAGAGGGCUACGACUAUCCACCACCUGUUAUUCCAUUCCCUGAACCAACAACAAGAAAGCCAGCGCCACCGGUGACGCGUCCACCAGCACCACCAACAACAAGAAGUCCACCACCUCCUCCAACUUAUCUGCCACCCACGAACAAACCACAGCCACCAGCACCAAAGCCAACUACGCGUCCACCGCCACCACCAGUGACACGCCCACCACCACCAAGGACGACACGUCCUCCACCCCCACCAACCUACUUGCCACCCACGAACAAACCACAGCCACCAGCACCAAAGCCAACUACGCGUCCACCGCCACCACCAGUGACACGCCCACCACCACCAAGGACGACACGUCCUCCACCCCCACCAACCUACUUGCCACCCACGAACAAACCGCAACCACCAGCACCUAAGCCAACAACGCGUCCACCACCACCACCGGUGACACGCCCACCGCCACCACCAGUGACACGUCCACCAGCACCAAAGACGACUCGUCCUCCUCCACCACCAGUAACAAGCCCUCCGAUUGAGCGUACCACAUAUGUAUACAGUGUACCAGAAAAUCCGCUAACAUAUCCACCACCAACCAAUAAACCACAGCCACCAGCACCAAAGCCAACCACACGUCCACCACCACCAAGAACUACACGUCCACCUCCACCAAUAACAAGACCACCUCCACCACGUACAACUCCCGUUCCAACAUACUUGCCACCUACCAACAAACCACAGCCACCAGCACCAAAGCCAACCACACGUCCACCACCACCAAGAACUACACGUCCACCUCCACCAAUAACAAGACCACCUCCACCACGUACAACUCCCGUUCCAACAUACUUGCCACCUACCAACAAACCACAGCCACCAGCACCAAAGCCAACCACACGUCCACCACCACCAAGAACUACACGUCCACCUCCACCAAUAACAAGACCACCUCCACCACGUACAACUCCCGUUCCAACAUACUUGCCACCUACCAACAAACCACAGCCACCAGCACCAAAGCCAACCACACGUCCACCACCACCAAGAACUACACGUCCACCUCCACCAAUAACAAGACCACCUCCACCACGUACAACUCCCGUUCCAACAUACUUGCCACCUACCAACAAACCACAGCCACCAGCACCUAAGCCGACCACACGUCCUCCACCACCAACAACAAGACCACCUCCACCACGUACAACUCCGGCUCCAACAUACUUGCCACCUACCAACAAACCACAGCCACCAGCACCAAAGCCAACCACACGUCCACCACCACCAAGAACUACACGUCCACCUCCACCAAUAACAAGACCACCUCCACCACGUACAACUCCCGUUCCAACAUACUUGCCACCUACCAACAAACCACAGCCUCCAGCGCCGAAGCCAACCACGCGUCCACCACCACCACCCACAACUAGACCUCCACCACCAAGGACUACACGUCCACCACCGCCAGUAACGACGAGGCCACCACCACCACGUACUACUACUCCUGGACCAACAUAUCUGCCACCUACCAACAAACCACAGCCACCAGCACCUAAGCCAACCACCCGUCCACCACCACCAGUAACUCGUCCACCUCCACCAAGGACCACCCGUCCACCACCACCACCUACUUACUUGCCACCUACCAAUAAACCACAGCCACCAGCACCUAAGCCAACCACCCGUCCACCACCACCAGUAACUCGUCCACCUCCACCAAGGACCACCCGUCCACCACCACCACCUACUUACUUGCCACCUACCAAUAAACCACAGCCCCCAGCACCAAAGCCAACGACUCGUCCACCACCACCAGUUACCCGUCCACCACCACCACCAACUUACUUGCCACCUACCAAUAAACCGCAGCCACCAGCACCAAAGCCAACGACUCGUCCACCACCACCAGUGACUCGUCCACCUGCACCAAAGACGACGCGUCCUCCACCACCCCCAACGACAAGACCACCACCACCACGUACUACUACUCCCGGACCCACAUACCUGCCACCUACCAACAAACCACAGCCCCCAGCACCGAGACCAACCACGCGUCCACCACCACCAGUUACUCGCCCACCACCACCAAGGACUACCCGUCCACCACCACCAAGGACCACCCGUCCACCACCACCACCAACUUACUUGCCACCUACCAAUAAACCACAACCUCCUGCACCAAAACCAACCACUCGUCCACCACCACCAGUAACACGUCCACCUCCACCAAGGACUACUCGUCCACCACCACCACCAACUUACUUGCCACCUACCAAUAAACCACAACCUCCUGCACCAAAACCAACCACUCGUCCACCACCACCAGUAACACGUCCACCUCCACCAAGGACUACUCGUCCACCACCACCACCAACUUACUUGCCACCUACCAAUAAACCGCAGCCACCAGCACCGAAGCCAACGACUCGUCCACCACCACCAGUGACUCGUCCACCUGCACCAAAGACGACGCGCCCUCCACCACCACCAACGACGAGACCACCACCACCACGUACUACUACUCCUGGACCAACAUACCUGCCACCUACCAAUAAACCACAGCCCCCAGCACCAAGACCAACCACUCGUCCACCACCUCCAGUAACACGGCCACCACCUCCAAGGACUACUCGUCCACCACCACCACCAACUUACUUGCCACCUACCAACAAACCACAGCCUCCAGCACCUAGACCAACCACACGUCCACCACCACCAGUAACCCGGCCACCACCACCAAGGACUACUCGUCCACCACCACCACCAACUUACUUGCCACCUACCAACAAACCACAGCCACCAGCACCAAAACCGACAACCCGUCCUCCACCACCACCAACAACCCGUCCUCCACCACCACCAACAACACGUCCCCCACCACCACCAACAACGAGACCACCUCCACCACGGACCACUCCAGCUCCAACAUACUUACCACCUACCAACAAACCACAGCCUCCAGCACCUAGACCAACCACACGCCCACCACCACCAGUGACUCGUCCACCAUCACCAAAGACGACACGCCCACCACCACCACCAACCUACUUGCCACCCACCAAUAAACCACAACCACCAGCGCCUAAGCCUACUACGCGCCCACCACCACCACCAGUAACACGGCCACCACCACCAAGGACUACUCGUCCACCACCACCACCAACCUACUUGCCACCCACCAAUAAACCACAACCACCAGCGCCUAAGCCAACAACGCGCUCACCACCACCACCAGUGACACGUCCCCCACCACCACAACCAAUACCAACUCCCAAGGAUGAAGGCUACCAUUACCCAGUGCCCAGCAUUCCAUUCGUGUACUAAGUGUCAACUGUAACAGUUGUAUUGCACAAAUUUAUGUUAAGAGAUAUAGCCUGCGAUUUUUAAAAGUUAUUUAAUAAAGUGGUGAAACUCAUUAACGCCGAAAGCUAAAAAUCUAGCGAUGUGGUACCAACAUUCUAACUAUGGCUAGAUUCAUCUAGUCAAGACAAUAUGAGAAGGAUAUUUUUGCUUUCGACUCCGAAAGAGCUUUAGCAAAAAUAUCAAAUGUUUUUUUUUUUAUUUUUAGUUUCUUUUUGUUUUAUCUUAAAAAAAAAUACUCUUACAAUUAGAAAUACUUAUUUUAUAAAGAAAAGAAUAACUACGAUUUUGUUUUUGUAUUUCGGAUGUAAUUUUUCCAAUUUUUGUAAGGUAAAAUGUCAUUGUAUGAAAGAGUUUAUUGAAAACAAUAAAUUAUGUAUGUACCUAUAUGGCUGUUUUUUUAAAUAUUUUGUAUCAAUUUAAACUGGAAAGCUUUCCCCUAUUUGUUAUUAGAAACCAGCAACUUGCCGAAACAUUACUGACGAAUCAAUACAAACAAG